GUCGUUCUCUCUUCCUGGUCCAAGUGAUCUUGCCAAGUUACGAGCAGCAAGCAGAGAUCAGAUCAUCCAUCGGCAAUGUCGAACAUCGGGCAGUCCUUCCAGGCCGGCAAGGCGGAGGCCCAGGGCGAGUACCAGGCGGAGCACGCGGCGCAGUGCGUCAAGGACACCGCCGGAGCCGCGGCCGACAGCGCGCAGCUGCAGCAGCACCGCGCCACCGGCACCGUUGAGCAGGUGGCGCAGACGGGCCAGGGCGUGGCGGCAGGCGUCAAGGACACGGUGGCGGGCGCGGCGGUUGGCGUCACCAACACGGUGGCGGGCGUGGCGGCGGGCGUCACGAACACGGUGACCGGCGCGGUGGCGGGCGUCACGAACACGGUGACCGGCGCGGCGGCGGGUGUCAAGGACACCGUGACCGGCGGCCACUGAUCGACGACCCACCCAAGAAUGCUGCAUGCAUGGCCAAGUGUUGAGGGUUUGAGCCCAAAGAUGGCUUGAAUUUCCGUCCUUUUUUGCUUUAUUUUUUGACAUUAUUGUUUUAACAUGUUUCAUUCACCCGUCUCUGAUUGGGAUUGUGAUCACGACCGCCUGCAAUAAAAAAAGGCCAUCUUUACUAUGAUCCACAUUAUGUUUCCUAGUGCAAUUAAAGGAUCAUCAAUACUACACCAUGUGUAAUUCUUUGCGUU